AUGAAUGUCUCGCAACGAGAAACGCACCAUACAGACCGAACGGACAUAAUAUUGACAGUUCUGUACGGGAUCGUUAUUUUGAGCGGCAUCGUAGGGAACUCGCUGGUGAUCGCAGUUGUAUGGAGAACAAGAUCAAUGCACACGGCUACGAAUUACCUCCUUGUUAACUUGGCAGCAAGUGAUAUUUUCGUGUUGUUAUGGUGCCCGAACACGUACAAUUACGCUGUGACUUUACCCGAUAAUAAACUUGGCAAUUAUUUAUGCAGGUUUUUCCUCGGGGAUGCAGUGGAUACUCUCUGUCUUGGAGUUACAUUGUUUACGCUCACUGUUCUCGCGGCUGAACGCUAUCAGGCUCUUGUCACGCCGAUGAGAACGAAAUACACUCUCAACAAACAAAGUGUGAGCUAUACCAUCGCAGCCACAUGGAUACUCUCACUUGCGAUUAGCAUUCCAGAUUUCAUUUUCACUCACAUCGACACAACAAACGGAAAGUGCGUCUCGCCAUUUAGCCCAGAAGCUAACGAUGUCAAAGCUACGUACGUUGCUUUAGCAAUUAGUUUAUACAUCCUUUUACCGCUUGUAGUGAUAACUUUCUGUUACGUUCAAAUUUUACGAGGUAUGUUCAUCACGCACACAAUUUGUGCAGGCCCUACGAAUAGAAAUUCCGAAAAAAGGAAACUCGCCGUUCUGUUAAUAGCAGUAACUGUGGUAUUUUAUCUACUUUUCCUACCAUUUGCAAUAUUUAUGUUGCAUGUAGCUUUUUCAAAACAGUCUGGAGGGCACAAUUCAAGCGAUGAAGAAGUAAUAGUGCUUAAAAUCUUGACUUUUCUCAUAGUGACAAAUAGUUCUCUAAAUCCAGUACUUUAUGCCUUUCAAAGUGGAAAUUAUCGGAGGGGCUUUAGAACUUUAUUUUCUCGAGGUAAUGCCGUCGCACCUCUAGAGAACAGUGCUACUUCAGCGGCCUAUAUAGACCUUCAACGAAUUCAACGCAUCACUGUUGUAAAUAGCUAA